CCCCCAAGCCUCUCCGAUGGACUGUAACUUUGAACUUGGCCUGUGUAACUGGGUUCAGAAGACAGACGAGGCCUUCGACUGGGUCCGGUCCCAAGGUCUGCAGGUGAACCAUCAAUGGAAUGGACCCCUAUACGACCACACAGUGGGAAAUGACCAAGGUUAUUACAUGGUGGUGAAUAUGUCUGGCAGUGUGGACGAAGAGACCGCGGUCAUCUCUGUUCCUGUUACGGUCAAUACCACAGACAUCUGUGUCGGAUUCUGGUAUUACAUGUUGGGACCGUCUGUGUCCAGCCUGGACCUCAUAGUAGAAAUGAAAUCGUCAAGACGUGUGAUUUGGACUCGACAAGGCAGCCAAGAUUCAGAGUGGAUGAACGCACAGGUUAGCGUAGCAGAUACACGGGAGGUCCAGUUCUCAGCCAGUAGGAAAACUUCUGGAAGUGGGUUUAUAGCCAUUGAUGAUGUCACAGUCAAGGAAGGAGCCUGCAAAGAUCUAAAUCCCUGUGGAUUUGAGAACUCCUGGUGUAACUUUGAAGUAGACAUGAGUCACAAGGGGCGCUGGGAGAACCGGAGAGGGACAAUGGACCGACCAGACCACACCUACAAAACGGAGAACGGGUUCUACAUGACCGUCUUGUCACCAGGCCCAGAACAGACGUCAGUGGCUCAGCUGUUUUCUCCAGAGAUUAGCGCUUCCACAGGGAUGUGUGUUCGCUUCUGGUACCGUCUGCCUGUUGGUUCUACUGAGAGUCUGUCAGCACACGUCCUGUGGAGUGGAGAGCAGGGCCCGGCUCUGUGGCAGCGCUCUGGAGCUCCCUCUACAGGCUGGGAGGUGGCAGAACUUACCGUGUCCGCACCCAACUCCUUUAAGGUGGUGUUCAGAGCAGAGCACGCUCCAGGCUCAGUUUCCACGGUGCAGAUUGAUGAUGUGUCAAUCAGGGCAGGACCGUGUUCUCCUGUGGGCAGCUGUGACUUUGAGUCCGGCCAGUGUACCUGGGUCAACGAGGCCCAGCCAGACGGACAUGACUGGGUACAGGCAGACGGACGCUUCCAGGGCCCGGCCACAGACCACACCACUCAGACAGCAGAGGGGAGGUUCUUACUGAGCCCGGCCCAGUCCCAGAACCAGAGCAGCCGGGCUGUGGUGGUCUCAGAGUGGAUCCAGUUCAAGAUUAAAUCCACCUGCCUCACCGUCUGGUACUACAUGCAUGGCAGGAACUCUGGGACCCUGCGACUGUUUGCUCGCUCAGGCCCAACAGAGCAGGAGUUACUGUUUCAGACCCAGUCUGGUCAAUCCAACUGGACCCUUUUCUCUGGUGCUGUGCAGAAGUCCGGACCAUUCCAGGUGCUGGUAGAGGCGGAGUCUAGUGACAGUGGAUUCAUUGCUGUUGAUGACAUCAUUAUGACACCAGGGCUUUGUCCAGAUAACAGCACUGACAGGGGCUUUUUGGGGUGUUCAUUUGAAAAUGGGACCUGUGAGUGGGAGGAUAUCAGUGUGGGCCAGUUUACAUGGCAGAGGGACAGGAAUGGGACUGCUACAAAAAAUACAGGCCCUUCAGUAGACCACACCCUGGGCACUGAGCUGGGUUGGUACAUGCUGGUUGAGUCCAGCCGCGGGGACGUGAAUGACUUUGCCAAACUGCAAAGUCCCUUCAUGAAGCAGGCCAGUGCUGAGUGUCUGCUGGAGUUCUACUACCACAUGAAUGGAAAAGGUAUAAGGGAGCUCAGGGUUCUCCUCCAGGAGGGAUCCAGGACCACUCCUCUUUGGUGGCGGUCAGGUGACCAGGGGGACGCGUGGCGUCGGGGGGAGGUGAAGGUGGGUCGGACCCCCCAGGUGUUCAGCCUGUUCUUCCAGGCCACAAGGACCUCCAGUCAGCUAGGAGACAUCGCCAUCGACGACAUCCUCUUCCUCAACUGUACUCUUCCUGAGGCUCAAGACUCCUGUCCGGCUGGUUUGUUCACCUGUUCUAACCGUGUGUGUGUGGAGCCAAAUCGAGUUUGUGACUUCACCGAUGACUGUGGGGAUGGAACAGACGAGGAUGGCUGUGAGAAGUGGGGAUUUGCAGGGCAUUGUAGCUUCGAGGAGGGCCUGUGUUCCUGGGGAGAGAGUGAGGUGGACACCCCCGCAGGCGACUGGACCCUCCAGAACGGAGAGGCUGCCUGGCCCAAUCACGGACCCCCGAGGGACCACACCAAAAACAACAGAGCUGGUCACUAUGUAGUUCCUGGAAGCCACCUGACUGAGAAAGGCCAGACAUCAGAGAUCCUCUCCAGAACUCUGCUACCCAGCUCCAACUGCACUGUGAGGUUCUACUACUACAGUCAGGAUGAGCAGACAGCCAGUCUGAGUGUGAGACUGAGAACAGACCACACUGGGAUGUUUGACAAGCUGUUGUGGAUGAGAGAUUCACCACAGGACUACAGCUGGCACAGGGCAGAGGUCAUACUGUCCUCAACGGUCAACAGCAAGGUUGUGUUCCAGUAUGAGAGAGGAGAAGAGCCUAAACGUCUUGUUGCAGUUGAUGACGUUUCCUUCUCCAAGCAGUGUGUCCACGACCUUAGCAACAGCCAGCUGCCAAUCAAACCUUCCUCCUCAGUUGCCCCCACUACUUUGGCCACUCCCACUUCCUCAGGCCUUCCCACAACUGAAACCACACCCACUUCCUCUGUACCUCCCACCACCAGUCCCUGUACAUUUGAACGUGACCUGUGUCAGUGGAGGGACACCAGCCACGGGGCUAACAGGUGGCAGAGACAGGAAGCCAGUGGACAGACAGUGCCAGAGACUGACCACACGACUGGCACAGGCAACUACAUGGCAGUGAAUUUCAGCCAGUCCCAAAUGGAGGCUCGUCUUCAGAGUCCUGCACCCCCAUCCCCGUCCCCCUACUGCCAGAUUCUGUUCCACUUUCAGAUGCGUGGCAAGACUGUAGGAUCUCUGAGUGUUCUUCUUCAGGAGGUUGAGGGCAGAGAGAGAGAACUGUGGUCCCGCACGCUCCCCACUGCCCCCCAGUGGAGGCCAGAGCACCUGCCUCUGGGCCAGCUGCUGCCCUACCAGGUGGUGUUCAGUAGCCGGACUGGGAACAGCGUCUCAGCUGAACGCUGUGCUGUAGCUCUGGACGACAUCUCUUUCCUCAACUGUGACUCUUCCUACCAGCCACCAGCCCUGUCGGCUUUCGGCUGUUCCUUUGAGGAGGACCUGUGUGGUUGGGUGCAGGGGGCAGAGGAGGAGCAGGACUGGCUGAGGAGGUCUGGUCCCACGGACACCCCCAACACCGGGCCGGCUGGGGACCACACUACCAGCAGGGGUUAUUACCUAUACAUCGAAAGCUCUGCCCCCAGCACAGUGGGUAGCGUGGCUCAGCUUAAGUCCCUGCUGUUGCCCCCUGCAGGGGCCCAGGGGUACUGCCUGUCAUUCUGGUACCACAUGUUCGGGCCAACAGUAGGAUCACUCAGCAUGGUGCUACACACCACACAGUCGCGGGUCGGAACACCAAUGUGGCACCGUGCCCACACUCAAGGGGAUGAGUGGCGGUUGGCUCAGAGUCACGUGACCUCACCGGAAGUCCACCAGGUGGUGCUGGAGGCCUCGGUGGGCGGGGAGGCGGGCGACAUAGCCAUCGAUGACAUCGCUUUCACCGCAGGGGCCUGCACCCCCUCGGACCUGUGUGACUUUGAGGAGGGAAACUGUAACUGGCUGCAGGAGACGGAUGACGACGCCGACUGGGUCAGGGGGUCCGGAUCCGCCUCUCACCCUAACACCGGUCCAGACCACGACCACACCACCAACACCGCCUCGGGACAUUACUUCCAUCUGCCCUGGUCAGGGGGUGGUCAGUCUGGAGACACAGCCAGGAUGGCCUCGCCGCUGUUCCACGCAGGUAAAGGGGCGUGUCUGCAGCUGUGGUUCCACAUGUUCGGCCGGGACGCGGGGACACUGAAUGUGUACCAGCGGGCUGAGAAAGGGAACAAAAUCCUGCUGCUGUCCCACUCUGGAGACCAGGGGGCUCUGUGGAGGUUUGCCCAGGCAACGCUGCAGCUUGGUGAGGAGGACUACAGAGUCGUUGUGGAGGGGGUGAUGGGGAGCAGCCCGGAGGGGGACAUGGCCUUCGAUGAUGUCCUGGUGACCCGCCAGCCCUGCCCUCCACCCGGAGACUGUGAUUUCGAGGCCGGCCUGUGUGGCUGGACAAACGUGGCAAGGGCAGGGGUGGAUGAGGGAGACUGGCUGAGGGGCAGAGGGGCCUCUCCAAACCCCAACACUGGCCCCAGUGUGGACCAUACCACCAACUCGUCCCUGGGUUACUACCUGUAUGUGGACAGUUCUGUGGGCCAAUGGGGAGACAGGUCCAUUCUGUUGGGCGAAGUACUGCAGCCGAACAGCAGGGGGCACUGCCUGACUUUCUGGUUUCACAUGUACGGUCCUCACAUCGGGACCCUCAACGUCCAGAGCAACAGCAGGAAGCCGCAUGCUAACGGAGGUGCAGUGGAAGUCUUAUGGAGCGAAUCGGGCAGUCAGGGGGACAUGUGGCACCAGGGCAGCGUAUAUGUGGACUACACAGAGGCAUUCUGGUUUGAAUUCAUUCACCAGAGAGGCCGAGCUCCUGGGGGAGACGUGGCCCUAGAUGACAUCACCAUCCACCCCGGUCACUGUUCCAACACCGUGCCCACAGAUGCUCCAUCUACUACAGACAAUGCGGUGUACGCGUUGUUGGGAGUGGCUCUCCUUCUACUGACGGUUGUUGCCAUCGUCGCCGUUCUCUAUGUACUGCAACAGAGACGCUCCAUCACCAGGUCUGAACAUCGGGAAACUGUUUCCGUUUUCAGUCUUCAUGAUUGUAAAAUAAAUGGUGCAGAAGACCGAAAUGGAUCUGAUCUGUCAUUCUCCAACAACUUAUACGAAUCCUCUUCAGACAAAGAUUGAGGAGUCAUCCUAAAUAGUAAAAAUUUUUAAAUAAAACAUAACUGUUCUCAUGACUUUCUUUUGUGCACUCUGAAUUUGCAUGACAUUACAUCCAAUGACCAACCUCAGUCUGAGCCCUUUGUCCAAUCCAGCACGGUGCCAGGUUUUAUCCCAUUACCCAUUAGAGGGCUGAACAGGGGGUCAUGGACAGGGGGCCACAACACAGGCUUCAGAGACUAUGAAUAUGUGGAAACCUUCCAUAGUGCGAGCAAUGCACUGGACUGCCCUAUUAUGUUGUUUUUUUCACACGGACGUAACACAGUGAA